GACCGCCACGUCGUUCCCGUUGCUGUCGCGUGCGAACGAGAGGCGCGAGGAUCACGAAGGCGGCUCGUGUCAAGUCAGUCAGUCGUGCCAGUGCCCCCCGAUGCGGUGGUGCGACGCGCGCUGAGCGCUUCCCUCGAUGCGGCGUGCUGCGGCGGGCUCGAGGUGCAACGCAACACGGUGGUGGUGUUCCCUGUUGGCGCAGUAACCCGCCCGCGGAAUCCGGCGGUCACGUCAAGUGCCUUUUCUGUCAUUAGCGCCUUCGUUAAGAUUUGGCUAAGAUGUUUCAGAGAGACGGAGUGAGACUGAGACAGCGAGACACGGGGAAGAGAGCGUCGGUUGAGCUGCCUUACGAGAACAGAAUCGCAGGAUCGAGAAAGCAAGACGUACUGCCAAACGACACCCAGCACCUCCUCUUCGUCCUCACGUACUUUCUCUUUGUGUCCUUUGUCAUAAUCGUCCUGGAGAGGAAUCUGCCCGAGCCGAUUACCACUGACAACGAGGGACAGCAUCCGGGCAGAUUCGUCGCCGAGCGAGCUCGCAAUCACGUUGUGAAUCUCACGUCCAUCGGGCCUCGUAUUGCUGGCAGCUACGAGAACGAGGUGCUGGCUGUCAAGUUUCUCACGACAACGAUCGACAAUGUGAUGAGGACGGCGCACGAGAAUCAUCGGAUUCUCUUAAACAUCACAAAGCAUAGCGGCGCAUUUUCACUUAAAUUUCUCGACGGCAUGACCAAUGUUUACCGAAACGUACAGAACGUCAUUGUCAAAGUCGGACCUCACAGGCCUACGAGACACAGCUUGCUGCUUAAUUGCCAUUUUGAUUCAUUUUUAGAGAGCCCAGGUGGUUCUGACGAUGGCGCUGGUUGUGCCGUAAUGUUAGAGAUUUUACGGAUAAUAACUCAGAGUUCAAAAAUAUUGAAGCACAGCAUUAUUUUUUUAUUCAAUGGAGCGGAAGAGAACAUAUUGCAGGCGUCUCAUGGUUUCAUAACGCAACACCCUUGGGCAAAAGACAUAAGAACGUUUAUAAAUCUGGAGGCGUGCGGUGCCGGUGGUCGCGAAUUGCUGUUUCAAGCUGGACCUCAUAAUCCCUGGAUUCUUGAAGUUUAUGCCAAAUCCGUACCAUAUCCUUACGCAUCAUCACUGGCUCAGGAAAUAUUUGAGAGUGGUAUAGUACCUGGUGACACAGACUUUCGGAUAUUUAGAGAUUUUGGAAAGGUUUCUGGUUUGGACUUUGCAUGGUCAAAAAAUGGUUACGUAUACCACACUAGAUUCGACAACGUCGAUCAGAUACCGUUGGGAGCUCUGCAGAGAACCGGCGAUAAUAUUCUCGCAUUGACCCAAGGAAUAAUAUUUGGAGACUAUUUAUCAGAUGCGGAUGCGCAAGAAGUACGGAAUAGUCCCGUGUUCUUUGACUUCUUGGGCGCAUUUGUUAUCAGAUGGCCACAGUACAUUGCCAGUACAGUUAAUAUCGCCAGUAUAAUUAUAGCCGGAUACUCUAUCCAUUUGAAUAUGCAGAGUGCACGUAGAAAUGUUAAGAGAUGGAUGUACGUGAGACAUUUGCUGAUAUGCAUUAUGGCGAUUGUGAUCUCGUGGUUGGUGUCUUUGUUCUCUUGUACUUUAAUCGCCCUGGUCCUCACCAAGCUAGGAAAAGUGAUGAGCUGGUACGCAAGACCAGCGUGGCUGUUUUUCCUGUACGUUUGUCCAACUAUUUUUGUGUCGAUGAUUGUGUUCUUACAAGUGGGUUCGAGGCAGAAGAAAGAUGUUGAUUCUGCAUGGAUUUUGUAUCACAUGUACUGUGACGCGUAUUCUCUGAUAUGGAUGUCGAUUCUCUUCGUAUGCGUGUUAUUUGGAAUACGAUCGGGCUUUAUACCGCUCCAUUGGGUUUUAUUCCCAGCAAUUGGAAAUAUCAUGCGACACAAUUUCUUUACCAAAUGGAGAGAUUGGAAAUGGCUUUGUUACCAAUUGGGGUCGUUAAGUUUGUCUUAUAUACAGUCGUUUUAUUUAGCGCUCGGUGCUCUCUAUCUCUUCAUCCCUAUAAUGGGACGAUCCGGUGGCAGUAUUAAUUCCGAAGUUGUAAUAGCUAACAUGCUGUCAAUAUUGUUCUGUCAACUGUUUUGCUUUACGUUGCCAAUUGUGCUUCUAAUAAAGAAUGCAGAACGAAUUAUAAGUGUGAUUGUCGGAAUUUUCUUAAUUGCUAUUGCUGUGUUAAUUCUAACACCACUUGGAUUUCCUUAUAGUGGUGAUCCGCUGUCGCCCGCUCCACAACGAUUUAUGAUCGCGCAUAGUCAACGCCAGUAUUAUAAUGCAGAUGGUAGUGAGAGAUAUUCCGGUACUGGAUACUGGUUAGUGGAUUUAGAUAUGAAUAGUCCUCAGAGCAUAGAAUCAAUAGUACCUGAAGUAGACGCCGCGACACUGUCAGUCAGGGAUUGCGAGAAGGAAUUAUAUUGCGGUUUUCCCUACUUAAUGCCAGUCACUACUUUCUUGUGGAAAACUACCUGGAUACCUGGACCUGCUCCUCUCAUAAGCAUUCCUACAAAUCUCGAAUUAAUUUCAAAGACUACGAAACAGAACAUCGUUAAUUUCACUUUUAACGUUACAGGUCCCGAUCACAUAAGUAUAAUUUUGUCUCCGUACAAAGGUGUUCAUUUAGGAAAAUGGUCUGUACUCGAUGAGAAACCAUUGCGAGGCCCAAUGUGGAACGACAGAGAGACUUACUUUAUUUAUUAUGCGUGUACCUCAGACUGCGUGCCAUAUACAUUUUCUAUCGAACUGAACGUGCCUGCAGUGCAGAAAGGACCGUACUUGUCCAUCGCACUAAUCGGACAUUUCUUACACGGCGAACACCAAAGAUCUCUAAGAUUUAAGAAGUUUCUGGCGCAGUUUCCGUCGUGGACUGUUAUCGCUCCCUGGACGGCGUCAUACAAGUCGUGGGAGUUGUAAUGAGGACAGAUAGAGGCAGGACAAUUGGCGCACUAGAACGUGACUAGAACUAAAGCAAUAUUGUCCUACGGUGGAGAUCAUUUCUCGCAAAUUAACGGCAACCUAAUAAAACGGCAAUCUAAUAAAACGGCACUACGGCAUGCGACGGAAACCUAAUGCCAUAGCGAUAUAAUAUCGCUUAGACUUAACCUUCAACAUUUCCUAGAAUAUUACGAUUUGAGAGGUAUCGAGAAAUGUUAAAUGCGAUAGAGAAUGGAACGGAGAAAGACGUUGCCAUUCUGAGUUUAUAUAUGAAUUUUUUACUUGCAUGUUAUCGUUAAUAGAGACGAUGUCGAAAUUAGCCUAAGACGUUGAUUCAAAUUCAAAUUAUAUAAAGAGAUAUCUUAUCUAAAAAUCAUUUAGAGAGAUAAUAUAUUUGCCUGGACGCUUUCGAAAGUGAUAACUAUGUGAUUAUUUUUUCGUGGAAGCAUAUGAUGAUAUGCAUAUCAUAAGCUUUAGACUGAUUCCAUUACCUUUCAAUUUUAUAAUUUUCACGAAGAACAAAUGUCGAUAAGAGAAUAUUUCGUCACACAAAAUUUAAAACUUGAAUUAUGUAUAUGAUAUAUAGAAACUGUGAUUGCAUGACGUACGCUCUCUUAGUACGCUUCAAAUUUGCUGAUAUCAAAGUAUCAGUACUAGUUCAAAUUACCGUCUCAAGCGAGAUGACUAGAUCAAUAAUCGCAUGAUUAGCGCACACACACACACACACACACACACAUACACACACGUAUAUUAGUGUGUAUUAUUGAACAUAUUUUACAAAAGUUACGCAAGUGCUGUCUAAAAUAUUUCUAGACUAUUUCAUGCUUUAAUAUCUUGUAGCAGAAAAGCAUAAUUGGAUUUUUUGGACGGUCAGAUGUGAAAUUUUAGGUGAUAUCGUGAUUUUUUUAUAGAAAAAAUCUAUAACGUUUAUCGUUUGCUCCGAAAACGCUCCGAUAAAAAAUAAUUCAUAAUAAUUCAAACAAAAUAAUUAAAAAAUAAAAUUAAGAUAAUUUAGUUUAUCUUCCUUUUUUCUGCAAGUAAAGUUUGGACGUUACACCAAUUGGAUAUAUCUGCUUGCACAAUUAAGUGAGAGAGUCUGCGAUUUAAUCACUAUUAUUCGGUACAAAGUACAGAUUUGAUGCUGUCGCUCACGCACCGUACUCGCUUCAUAAUAGACAGUAUAAGUGACAGCACAUGCGAAUAGUGUUCUAUAUUUAUAUCGCGAUACUUUAGAUAUCGCGACGAACAAAAAAUCGCUUGAGGGACAAGAUAAUCAAAAAUACGCAUUUUUAAGAAAUUUUAUAUUUUAAAUAGUAUUAUAAAAAAUAACGAAUUUUAAAUAUACACAGAGACAUACACAUUCACACAUAUGCAGGAUAUCUUAAAUAUGUUGCAUUCUAUUCCUAAGUUUGAGUACCCUAGUUUUAUUAUACCUUGCAUGCAAUGAAUUUGUAUAGUCCCGAUGAAUUGAUAGGACAGGUUGCCACUUGUAUUCUUCAUAAUUACACUCUCUUAAACCAUUCCUCUUUUUUCCCUAACUUUAAGAAAAAAUAAUCCAUUUUUGCAGUAGUGUGUCAAAGAAGUGGAGACUUUAACGUAGAUAUUUCCGAUUUCUUUUAGGAUUCUUUUUUAGUAGCUCGCAGUCUUUCUUACUAUCUCUUAAAAGAUGUUAAGAUGUCAAGCCCUUUAAAUCCUCUGCAUCUUCCCUUUUUUGUGCUUUCUUUUCUCUCAGUAAAAAUAUUGCUUUUCUUUCGUCUACGUAAAAAUAUAUAUUUGAGAAUUAUAAGCUUGUUGGUAUAUGAAAUAUUUUUAUUUCACGAUAACAUACCAACGUUAUUUUGCAUGAAAGCGUCUAUCACAUAUGACAAUUAAGAGUAAUUGUUACUCCGAUUUUCGAACGUGAUCUUAAUAUAUAGUUCCUCUUCUCCAUCUCUUUCACAAUUCGCAAUUGAUAUUAACUUUUUCCACUGAAUAAUCGAGCACCCUCGUUACUUAGUAUAAAAAUCUUGAAUAUCUUGAACUAAAGUUAAUUAACAGAACGUACAGGUUCUAUUUAAAAUAAUAUCGCUUACGUAAUGGUUUUUUUCCACAAGUACAUAUCGCUCAUAGCUUAAUAAACGCCUAUGUCGAAAGGUUGCUUCGCGUAACUUACCGAAUUGUUCACUUUACGAUACUUGACAAAAUAAUGUACGAAAUAUAGUUAUAUUGUGAGACUUUAUCGAAAUGUUUUGCGCAUAGGAAGUUAUAGGAAUAUAGUGACAAAUAAUACAACGUGAUUCGUUAUAAAAAAAAUAGUUUUAUAUAAUAUAUUAUAGUACCGAAAAGAGGUAGUAGCACAGAAUAUACGAUCUUAACGAGAAUUAAACAUUUCUAUUAUAAAGCGUAUUGGAAAAGUUUACGAAAGUUUACGUGAUAUAUUUUUGUAUGCGGUUCAAGUCAUUUUUCUUGUUAUGUUUUUAUCUAAUAUUUACAUUUAAUUUAUAUAAUUAAUGUCCAAUUACUUGUUCGUAUUAGACUGUGACUGUUUUAUCUAAUUUGUUAAUUUGCUUGCAGCAAGUGUUUAAGGUUUACCAAUAAUAACUUUAGUCUCCGUUGCACAAAUUUAUGAUCGCGAUUCUACUUAAUUUUCAUGCACAAAGUUAUAAAUAAUUACUUGACCAUUUUAGUCAUUUUAACCGAAUUACUGACUUGCUUUGUUUUACUUUCUCUCUUUUUAAAAAAAAUUUUUUUAUGUUAUAUAUUUUACCUUUGUAAAGAUAUUUUUAUAUGUUUCAUGGAUUUCUUAGGUGUAUUGUGCCGCGGUAAUCGCCAUUGCGAUAUUACCGUAACGCAAAAGAGACAUAGAAUGCUUGUUAACAGGGUCUUUAUUUUAUUGUUAGGAGUAAAACGAAGUUUCUUGUCUCGUUCUUUGACGUUUCGAUAUUAACGAGUAUAAUCGCGUUUUUGACAUGAAAAAGCGUCUUCUUUCUGCGUUGUAUUGUGAAUCAUGCGAAUAUCUGUACCUCGGUAACUUCGUUUCACACCGAGUACCGGCCAAAGGAAAAAAGAUCCAUCCAUUGCGUGACAAGUGUAGUUGCCUAAUAAUUCGUUUCCGUUAUACUGCGUGCAGGGUAGUACAUUUUAAUGAAGUAAACCACGAAUGACCCGCGUAUUGCGGGAUAUAAUUCACGGAAUGUAACGUUCGAUAAGAUGUAUGUACAUAUUGAUAGUGAUAUAUAUGGAUUGUUUUUUUCCUUGCCAAUUUUUAUUUAUACACAGGCACGGUCCUGCUUGCGUUAAAUUAUCGAUAUGCAUAUAUUGCGACAUUGUUACUUGGCAGUUGUUGUUAUAUGAUUAAGAGACUAUAAAAUAGGAAAUAAAGAAUUAACA